AUGGCGUCUCUCUCAACGACAAGGAAUGAGGUUUUUUCUUCUUUGGCAAAGAUAAGGAACAAGGUUAGAAAGCGUAGGUCAAGAAAGGAAGGUCAUAACGUUUCGGCCAUGAAGUCACUUCCCAACGAUCUUUUGUUGGAAGUGAUUGCUAAGGUUGCUUCGAAUUCUUUCGAUGAUCUUUGCCGCAUUAGGCAAACUUGCAAGGAGUUUAAAGAGGCGGGGCAAGAGGACUAUAUUUUUCAACAUGUAUCGAUCGAAAAGUUUCCACUCUUUCCUUUGAGAAAAAGGAAACGAUUUUCUGAAUUAAUGAGACGUUGCCAAAAGUGUGGCAAUGCAGAGGCUCUGUAUAGACAAGGAGUGCUUGAUCUUUUUAGCUUGAGGAAGCGAUAUGAAUUCGAAUCGGGAUUCGAGUGUUUGGAGAAAGCUGCAGCAAAAGGUCACAUAGAAGCAACGUAUCUUUAUGGGGUAUUCUUAACUUGUGUAGGAGGUGAGGCGAAGCAACAAGGUCUACAAUCCUUGUGUAGUCUCAAUAGUAAAAAUUUAAGUGAAUCAAGAGAAAGGUUUAUGACUUACAUUCAAAGUAUGUGGGUGAAUAAUGUCCUAGUACGUAAAAUACUUGCCUACAAUGAUCGUGUUAAAGCAUGCAGCCAAUGCGGAAAUUUGCAGAAUAAUUUCGUAACUAAACGAGGCUGGGACGAUGUUUACGACGAAGGUGAUAACUUAAAUGGGUGUGGUUCAUGCAAGAUGAAUAGAGAAGUUAAUAUUUUUUGUGAUAGAUUACGUAGCUCUACAUAUGUCAAUUCAUUGUGA